AUGCUUGUUUUCAAAAGAGGUAUUCACGUAGUACCCAAGCUACCUAAUGCCAAGGGACUACUACAAAAUGGGAUUCCUAAAAUACUCAGUUCUAUGGGUUUCAAGACGGUAUGGUUCGACUAUCAGCGGUAUCUAUGCGAUAAGCUAACACUGGCGACAGCGGGACAGUCUCUUGAAUCUUAUUACCCAUUCCACAUAUUACUGAAAACUGCAGGAAAUCCAUUGCAAUCUAAUAUUUUCAAUUUGGCCUCGUCCAUCCACAAUAACCAUUUAUUCGUGGAAAAUAUUUUACCGUCGACCAUCAAGACGGGCACUGAUUCGGAUGCAGCGGUAAAGACAGAGCCAUCAAGGCUUUUCUUGUCAAGAAUUGAAGAUUCUUUCGAUGGCAGCGACUGGGAAGCUGUAAAAGAGGAGAUGAUACAUCGUGCCGAGAAUGAGGUAUUAGGACAAGGCUGGCUGUUUCUCGUCGAAAACAAAGAAAAAAAGCUCUUUAUAUUAACCACUAAUAACAAUGGUACCCCGUAUUAUUUCCCCAGGAACCAAUCGUUUGAUUUAAACAGUGCAAUUUCUAUCGAUGAAUUUGGUACCCUAAAGCAAAUGGAAAAAAUGAUCGGAAACUCUACGAAGCUGAAUGGUAAGGUACAGGAUUGGACCAUGCCUGUAAUUUGCGUCAAUCUAUGGGAUCAAGCGUAUUUGCAUGAUUAUGGCGUUGGUAACCGAUCGAAAUACGUGAAAAAUGUUCUUGAUAACUUGAAUUGGUCGGUGGUAAAUAAUAGGAUAUUCUCUGGUAUCUCGAGGUAG